AUGGGACCAAAUGUGAAAUUCAUGGUCCCGGCGGCCAGUCUAGCUGCGCCCGAUCAAUCAUAUAGACUAUUCCGUUACACUCCACAGAUUCCACGUACGCUCAGAUCCUCGGCCAUUCUCGAUUGCAGAUCCUCGGCCAUUCUCGAUCGCCGAUCCUCGGCCGCCACCCCGAUCAAUCAUAUAGACUAUUCUGUUACACUCCACAGAUUACACGUACGCUCCGAUCCUCGGCCAUUCUCGAUCGCCGAUCCUCGGCCGCUACGAACGAAUGAUUAUCCAUUGAGAGAUAUCCGAACGCGUAACGACGCAAGCUUGCUCGCCAGUCGCCCUGGCCCCGCAACAAGAUCUUACGAAGAGAGUAAGAUCUUACAAAAGAGAACGUCAGCGAAAGACCUGAGAGUCCUGACACCCAGACAUAUGAGAUAUUCAUACGAUUACACUUCUUCAGAUUCCACAGAUAUCAUACAUCUGACGAUCGAUAUAACCAUGUCUAACAAUAAUAUGGAACCCUCAAACUCGAACAUGAGCAUAGACGCAGUGCCACAGUGGCUCCGAGCAAUGUUGGAACUACAACAACAACAAAUAGCUGAUAUGCAUGCAACUCAACAACGCCAAUAUGAAGAGAUUCAAUGA